AUGGAGAAUUUCAGAAGCACGUACAAGCGCGAAUUCGGGUUUGUUCUGGACACUCGUCAGGUACAGGUGGAUGAUAUACGGGUGCGUGGAAUCGGGAAAAGCGGAAUUGAGGGUGGACCACAGAGUACGAAACUGUACGAGCUAGGAAAGCUAAAAUCUGGACAUAUCGUCAAGGGCCCAGCAAUUAUUUUGGAUGCAAACAGCACGAUCGUCAUCGAGCCCGGCUGCACGGCGACGAUCACCGAGGAGGGAAAUGUCAAAAUACAAGUCGCUGAAGCUUACGAAAAAGAUUCCAGUACAAAGGUGGACCCGAUCCGUCUGUCCAUCUUCUCCAACCGGUUCAUGUCGAUCGCCGAGCAGAUGGGCAGAGUAUUGCAGCGGACAGCGAUAUCCACAAAUAUCAAGAUCAAGACUCUCGGGAUAGACGGGAUCCACGAGGGCGACGUCAUUUUGUCGAAUCACCCGAAAGCUGGCGGGAGUCACUUGCCGGAUUUGACAGUUAUAACACCGGUGUUCAUGCCAGGCAACAAAAACCCCGUGUUCUUCCUGGCCAACCGUGGUCACCACGCGGACAUUGGGGGUCUUGUCCCCGGCAGCAUGCCCCCCAACGCCACGGAGCUCCUGCAGGAGGGCGCCACGUUCGUCUCGUUCAAAAUUGUCGACCGUGGGAAUUUCCAAGAGGAGGAGCUGACAAAAAUGCUGAAUGCGCCCUCGAAAAUCAAGGGAUGUUCGGGUACUCGCCAGCUCAACGACAACAUUUCUGACUUGAAAGCACAGAUCGCGGCGAAUAACAAGGGAAUACAGCUAGUGCAGGGGCUGAUCGGGGAGUAUGGCUUAGAGGUCGUCCAAGCAUACAUGCAGCACAUACAAAAAACGGCCGAGGAGAGCGUCAGGGAGCUCUUGAAAAAGGUUGGCCAAAAAGUGCACGACGAAACCGGAAGCACCAGGCUGUCGUCGGAAGAUUUUAUGGAUGAUGGCACGAUACUGAAGCUGACGGUGGUGAUUGACAAGGAAAAGGGCGAAGCCGUAUUCGAUUUCGACGGCACGGGGCCCAGAGUGCUUGUGGUCGACGAAUGCGCCGAAUGCAGAACCUUUGCCCCCUAUGGCCUCUUCGGCGGGGAGUCGGGACGUCGUGGUCAGAAUUUGCUGCAUCGGAAGGGCCGCGUGCUGAACGUCGGCUCGAAGAUCACGAUUGAUGUGCAGGCUGGGGACGAACUGGAGCUGCUAUCCCCGGGUGGAGGCGGCUAUGGAAAAUCGGAGAAA